AUGAAAUUCGCAGUUCUAUUGUUGAUAUUGUCAACCCUAGGCAUUUUUGCAAAAGAUGUCACAAAAAUUCAUGAUUGGAUCUAAAAGAACAUCCAAUCUCUAGAGAAGUAUAUUUAAGAGACCGAUAUGUCAAGCGAUAUGUUAUUGGGCAUCUAAAGGAAUGAUUAAGUCAAAAAGUAAGUCUCAAUCUUAAGAUUAGUUAUUAAAAUUGGAUAUUUUCUACAAACCAUAAAUAACAUAUAGAAUUAACUGAUGGACAAGUUAAGAAAACAAAUGCAUUCGGUCCUGAAUCUGAAUAUUUUACAGAAACAACUCAAAAUUUGGUUUUUUUAGGAACUCAAAUAAAGGAUAAGGAAUGGAUUAAAAUCUAAAUGAAGAAAGGUAAUGAUGAUGCUUAAAGAAUUGAUAUGUUCAAUUAAGAGAAUUAUUAAGGCGUCAGUUUGAUAAAUUCAAAUAAUGAAGGAACUUUGAAUAGAUUAUUAAUAGUUGAAAAAAAGAAUGAAAUUAUUUCAUCCUAUGAAGAACAUGGAAAGUCCAUAAUUUUAUUAUCCAAUUUAUCUGAAGGCUAAUCCCUUUUUUAUAUUCUUUAUAGUUAAAAUUCAGAAGUGAGCGACAUUGAAAAGUUAUUUAAUUACAUUGUCAAAAAUGUGAUUGAUAUUGAAAAAGAAACAGACAUUAAAGUAGAUGAAUAGCCAGUUGAUUAGGAUGAUGGAGAAGAAGAAUCUGAUCCAAAUGAUCUUGAAAAGUUGAAAAAAAAUAAAGGAGAAGGUGAAGGAGAAGGAGAAGGAGAAGAAAAAGGUGAAGGAGAUGAUAAAAAAGGUGAAGAAUAAGGGGAAGAAGAACAAAAUUAAGAAGUACCAGAAGAAGAUUGUCCUGGAGGUGAGGAAGAUGAUACUGUAAAAAAUAAAGUAGAUGUUGAUCCAACAUCAUAAUUACCACCUCAAGAGGAUCCUAAGAAUGUCAAAAUCUAAACAAACAAUGUCGAUUCAGAAGAAACUGUUGAAGUAGUUGAAGAAACUGAAGAAGAGGAAGAAAUCAUAGUCCCAGAAAAAGCUCUAAAAGUUGGAGGAAAAUCAAGCCUUCCUCCUAAAAAAAAUCAAGAAGAAGAUGAAAGUAGCGAACCGGAACCUCCUUCUGAGGAAUAUCAAAAUUGUGCUGGAGAGGAAUUAGAUACAGUAAAAAACAAGAGAGAUUUAAAUGAAAAUUUAGAAUCCAAAUAAGACAGAGUAUUUUAGGCAAAAGAAGUGAGCAUUUAAGAAACAAUACAUGAAGAAGAAGGUGAAGGGGAUGGAAAUACUAGUGCAGAUGGAUAAAAGAGUGAUGCUGAAGGAAAGACUGACGCUGAUGGAAAUACUGAUGCUGAUGGAUAAAAGACAGAUGCUGAUGGAAAGACUGAUGCCGAUGGAAAGACUGAUGCUGAUGGAUAAAAGACAGAUGCUGAUGGAAAGACUGAUGCUGAUGGAAAUACUGAUGCUGAUGGAUAAAAGACAGAUGCUGAUGGAAAGACUGAUGCCGAUGGAAAGACUGAUGCUGAUGGAUAAAAGACAGAUGCUGAUGGAAAGACUGAUGCCGAUGGAAAGACUGAUGCUGAUGGAUAAAAGACAGAUGCUGAUGGAAAGACUGAUGCCGAUGGAAAGACUGAUGCUGAUGGAUAAAAGACAGAUGCUGAUGGAAAGACUGAUGCCGAUGGAAAGACUGAUGCUGAUGGAUAAAAGACAGAUGCUGAUGGAAAGACUGAUGCCGAUGGAAAGACUGAUGCUGAUGGAUAAAAGACAGAUGCUGAUGGAAAGACUGAUGCCGAUGGAAAGACUGAUGCUGAUGGAUAAAAGACAGAUGCUGAUGGAAAGACUGAUGCCGAUGGAAAGACUGAUGCUGAUGGAUAAAAGACAGAUGCUGAUGGAAAGACUGAUGCCGAUGGAAAGACUGAUGCUGAUGGAUAAAAGACAGAUGCUGAUGGAAAGACUGAUGCCGAUGGAAAGACUGAUGCUGAUGGAUAAAAGACAGAUGCUGAUGGAAAGACUGAUGCCGAUGGAAAUACUGAUGCUGAUGGAUAAAAGACAGAUGCUGAUGGAAAGACUGAUGCCGAUGGAAAGACUGAUGCUGAUGGAUAAAAGACAGAUGCUGAUGGAAAGACUGAUGCCGAUGGAAAUACUGAUGCUGAUGGAUAAAAGACAGAUGCUGAUGGAAAGACUGAUGCCGAUGGAAAGACUGAUGCUGAUGGAUAAAAGACAGAUGCUGAUGGAAAGACUGAUGCCGAUGGAAAUACUGAUGCUGAUGGAUAAAAGACAGAUGCUGAUGGAAAAACUGAUGCCGAUGGAAAUACUGAUGCUGAUGGAUAAAAGACAGAUGCCGAUGGAAAAACUGAUGCUGAUGGAAAUACUGAUGCUGAUGGAUAAAAGACAGAUGCCGAUGGAAAAACUGAUGCUGAUGGAAAUACUGAUGCUGAUGGAUAAAAGACAGAUGCCGAUGGAAAAACUGAUGCUGAUGGAAAUACUGAUGCUGAUGGAUAAAAGACAGAUGCCGAUGGAAAAACUGAUGCUGAUGGAAAUACUGAUGCUGAUGGAUAAAAGACAGAUGCCGAUGGAAAAACUGAUGCUGAUGGAAAAACUGAUGCUGAUGGAAAGACUGAUGCUGAUGGAAAUACUGAUGCUGAUGGAUAAAAGACUGAUGCUGAUGGAUAAAAUGAGGGAUAGAGAGAAGGAGCAGCAAAUAAAGAUGCCUAAUAAUCUUAGAAAUCUGAAAAUGAAACUAAUAAAAACGAAGUUGAUGUAAUAAACAUAUAUAAAUUUUAGGAACCUUGUGUGAUUUUAUAUUCAGAAUGCCACUAUACUGGAGAUGAAUUGAAAUUAUGUGGUGCACAUCCUGUUAUUCCAAAUGAUAUGAAAAAUUUUAAAGUUAAAUCUAUCAAAGUUCCAGAAGGUGUUCAGGUAACUUUCUUUAAUAAGCCCAAUUUUGACGAUGAAAGAUUACAUGCAAAAACAGAAAUGGAAUGUUUAGAAACACCUUUAAGAUUGAAUUUACUAGAAUUGAUGAAUAAUCUAAGAAUGUCAAAGCAAGUUAAUAUAAACUCUAUAUCAGUUACAAAAUGAUAAUUGCAUAUUUAGUUUAUAUUUACAAAAUAUUAUUCUUAUAAC